CUUGAAUUUGUCCCGCGGAUGCAUGUGAAUUUGAGAGAGGAGGAGAGAGGAGGAGAAGAAGAAGAAGAAGCUCUCCGCUCUGCAAAAGCAAAGCUCUGCAAAAGUGAGCAGAAGCGGACGUGCUGAGCAGAAACAGAUUUUUUUGAGGACAAGGAGACGAAAGUGCAAAGCUGCACACACAGAAAAACGGCAGCAGCAAAUAAGCCUCGACAUAAGUCAGUAUUUGUAGUGUUUUUUGGAGCACACAGGAGGUCGCUUUGUGGGGUACACACCGUGUCUGCUCGUUGGUUGACCAGGACGAGCUCCGGUGAUGGACCAGCACUGGUGAGAAGAAGACAAGGACGUCAACCAGAAGUCCACCGUGCUCUGAGAGAUAAUGGGCUGUUUUUCUUCCACUGCUGAGGAGCGGAGGGCAUUGCUGUAACACCGGGUUGGAUCAAUGGCAGGGGUACACGCUUCAGAUGUUGUGUCGGGACAUUUUCUGGAUCCUGGAGCCCAGCAGGGCGCGACCAACAACAAUACAGCCGGGAUCACCACCGGCGAUGCGGCCGCGCUGACUUUCACCGGCACCCGGGCGUACCUGGAGGUGUCGGCCGCUGCUGCCCAGGGCUACGGAGCCGAAGGAGUUUACACCAAUGGACGGUACAGCAGGGAGCACCACAGCAGCAGUCCGAGGAUCGGGAGUGGCAGCCGAGAUAAUUCAUCCGAGAGAAGUCAAGUAGGAGCUGGAAACACACCUUGUGGCAUCAUGAAGGAUUGCUCCAAACAGAGGCAGGCGAGGAAGAAAACGGUGUCCUUCAGUUCAAUGCCAAAUGACCGCAAGAUCAACAGCACAGCUGCCUGCAUGGCCUUCAUGAUGGAGGGUUGUGAGAUGAAGAAGGUGCGCUCCAACUCGCGCAUGUACAACCGUUACUUCCUGCUGGAUCCAGACAUGCACUGGCUCCGUUGGGAACCAUCCAAGAAAGAUUCAGAGAAGGCAAAACUGGAGAUCAAAGGCAUUAAGGAGGUCCGUUUGGGAAAGAAAACUCCAGUUCUGCGCAGCAAUGGUCUCUCAGAUCAGUUCCCCGAUGAAUGCGCCUUCUCAAUCAUCUAUGGGGAUAACUAUGAAUCCUUAGAUUUGGUAGCUAGUACAGCAGAUGUUGUCAGCACCUGGGUGAUGGGCCUGAGGUAUCUGGUGUCUUAUGGCCGUCACACCGUGGACAUGAUGGAACCCAGCCAACCGAGUCUACGAACGUCUUGGAUUGGCUCAGUGUUUGAGUUAGCAGAUAUGGAAAAGGAUGGACACAUAGACCUGUUCAGAGCCACCCAGAUAAUCAAGGGGCUCAACCCUGGAAUGAAAGAGUCAAGGAUAGAGCUGAAGUUCAAGGAACUUCAGAAAGCUAAAGACCAAUAUGGAGAGGCAAUUAACAUGGACACCUUUGUGGAGGCCUACUGUGAGCUCUGCACGCGACCAGAGAUCUUCUUCCUACUGGUGCAGUUCUCCAGUAACAAGGAGUAUCUGGACAGUAAAGAUCUGAUGCUGUUUGUGGAUGUGGAGCAGGGAGUGGAAGGUGUAACGGAGGACAUGUGCAGGGAUAUCGUUCAGAAAUUUGAGCCAUCCGCCGAAGGUAGGGAGAGGGCUUACCUCACCAUUGAUGGUUUUACACACUACCUCCUCUCCUCCGAAUGCCACAUCUUUGACCCCCAGCACAAACGUGUGUGCCAGGACAUGACCCAGCCUCUUUCCCACUACUACAUCAACUCGUCACAUAAUGCCUCACUUCUGGAAGACCACUGCUGGGGUUCGUCAGACAUCAGCAGCUACAUCCGAGCUCUAAGAAUGGGCUGCCGCAGCAUUGAGGUCAUUGUAUGGGAUGGCCCUGAUAAUGAACCAGUGGUGUAUGUGGGUAGUUCUGUAGCCUCACAUCUAGCUUUCUCUAAAGUCCUGGACAUCAUAAACCAAUAUGCUUUUGAGAGCUCUGAGUAUCCCCUGAUUCUCUGCUUAGUGACCCACUGCUGCAUUCCCCAGCAGAGGGUCAUGGCACAGCAUACGAAGAAGAUUCUUGGGGACAAGCUGUACAUUGAACCCCCCAACAAGGAAGAAAUCUACCUACCCUCCCCUGAGAAAAUCAAAGGUAAAAUCCUCAUCAAGGGAAAGAGGCUACCGCCAAACUGCCCUGACGCUGAGGGUGAUGUGACGGAUGAGGAGGAGGGUCUGGAAAUGUCUCGAAGAGUGGGAGCUAAUGAGAAGGACCAUCUAAAUGGCUUAGGCUACAAGAGACUCAGACUGUGCAGGGAGCUCUCUGAUAUUGUAUCUCUUUGCAAGUCAGUCCAGUUUAGGGACUUUGAGAUCUCUAAGAGAGACCAAAAAUACUGGGAGAUUUGCUCCUUCAAUGAGGUCGAUGCAAACAGGUUUGCCAAUGAGUUCCCAGAGGAGUUUGUCUGUUAUAACAAGCGCUUUCUCUCCCGGGUGUAUCCCACACCUAUGAGAAUUGAUGCCAGCAACAUGAACCCCCAGGAUUUCUGGAAGUGUGGCUGCCAGAUUGUGGCCAUGAACUACCAGACGCCAGGCCUGAUGAUGGACCUCAACCUAGGCUGGUUCAGGCAGAAUGGCAACUGUGGGUAUGUUUUGCGGCCAGCCAUCAUGAGGGAGGAGGUGUCCUACUUCAGUGCCAAUGCUCGGGACUCGCUGCCAGGGGUCUCGGCUCAGCUUCUUCACAUCAAGGUCAUCAGUGGGCAGAAUCUACCAAAACCCCGUGGCUCUGCAGCUAAGGGUGAUGUGGUGGAGCCCUACAUAUAUGUGGAGAUCCACGGCAUCCCAGCUGACUGUGCUGAGCAAAGAACCAAGACCGUGUCCCAGAAUGGCGACAACCCUAUUUUUGAUGAGAGUUUCGAAUUCCAGAUCAAUUUACCAGAACUUGCGGUGCUCCGCUUUGUGGUGCUGGAUGACGACUACAUUGGAGAUGAGUUCAUUGGCCAGUACACCAUCCCGUUUGAGUGCCUACAGCCAGGCUAUAGACAUGUCCCCCUCCAAUCUCUGACAGGAGAGUUCCUACCCAACACCACCCUGUUUGUCCAUGUAGCCAUCACCAACAGACGGGGUGGAGGAAAGGCACAUAAGAGGGGUCUGUCUGUCAGGAAGGGUAGGAAGGCCCGGGAGUACACAACCACCAAGACCACAGGGAUCAAAGUAGUGGACGAGCUCUUCAGAGCUUCCACCCAGCCCCUCAGGGAGGCCACAGACCUCAGAGAAAAUGUGCAGAAUGCCCUGGUGUCCUUCAAGGAGCUCUGUGGCCUGACACCGGCGGCCAACAUGAAGCAGUGCAUCCUGACGGUGUCUACCUGGCUGAUGAACAGCGAGCGGUCACUGAGGGUAACAGUGGACCUGAGCGAGACUUACCCCACCAUGGAGGCUCAGGGUCCUGUGCCUGAGCUGCUGCGCAAAGUGCUCAACGCCUAUGACAUGAUGAUCCAAACCAGCAGAACGCUGAUCGAGUCGGCUGACGUCGUCUACUCCAAACUCACACAAGCACAACGAGCAGGUCUGGACUUCCAUGAGGACCUGCAUCGCAUCGGAGCAAAGGAGGGUCUGAAAGGCCGCAAACUUCAGAAGGCGAUGGAGAGCUACGCCUGGAACAUCACUGUCCUCAAGGGCCAGGCAGACCUGCUGAAGCACGCUAAGAGCGAGGCGCUGGACACCCUGCGUCAGAUCCACUGUGCAGCUCAGUCCUGUGGUCUCAGUAAGAACGGAGCGGCUUCCCCGCAGCUGCAGCAUCACCCUCACCACCAGCCACAGCAGGUCCAGAUACAGCAGCUGCCGCAGGCCAGGACCCACCCACAGCCUCUUCCUCCACCGCACCCGUCCCAACCUCAGCCCCAAACCCAGACGGCACCUCAGGCUUAUCUCCAUCAGCAACACCCCCAGCUACCACCCUUUCCUCUGGUUCAAACUCUUUCAAAACCACCGGCUUAUACUCAGCCUCCACCGCUAACCCAGCUCCAGCUCCAGUACCAGAGCCAGCAGCAGAGGGCAGCGGGACCUCCGGACGCCGUCCCCGAGAAAGGGAUGGUCAGUGACGAUCCGGCGGGAUCCUGCUGACCCGCAGCCUGUGCCCACAGAGAAUCCCACCCAAAGAGAGACGGAGAGAGCGAGAUGGAGAUGGAGAAGGGCGUAGGAGAAAAGCGGGAGGCCAGUAAGGACAAGGAGAUGGAGGAAGUGGCUGAGAGGAUUAAAGAGAUGAUGAUGGUGAGGAAGACUCGUCGCGUUAGAAGCGAGACGCAAGUCUGAGUUGGCCAGAAGGAGAAAAGAAAGAGAGACCUCACACUUCAAUCACACAUUUCUAAACGGGAUGGAAAACUGGAAGGACGAUGUUUACUCUUCUCUGUCGUGGAUUUGGAAGAUAAUCUUCCAUCUGAGCCAGGAAGUUCAGGUCUCUUCUGUCUUCUCUCUUGUGAAAAGGGUAACAGCUGGUAACAAACUUCUGGUGUGUGUUUGUGCAGGAUGGAUCAGUCCGAUAUCCCCGUCUCUCUCUGGGCAGUGCUAGUUACAUGCCCCUCCAUUAUGUACUCUAGCUCUGUGGGUACAGGCUUUACCUCACAUUGGCAUUUUUUUGCCACAAAUUUGCCUUUUCAUUUCCAGAGACUCCUCGGCAUGUCUUUGAGCUUUUUAUUUUUUCACGCUCACACACUCUCCCUCUCACAUUUUAAAGCCAACCUUCACUCCUUUCAACGAAUAGGAGGCCAUUCUCAUUUAAAGCGCACAGCGUAGAGCAGCUUAACUAGGAUGAGCUCUGUAGGCGUCACAGAUGUCCAUUUCAGCACAAACCAGGAAGCUGUAGAGCCCAAAAUAAUAAAAAAAAAAAACUGCAGCUGCCGAUCACAUCGUUGCUCUUCUCGCUGGCGCCAACCUCCAUCGAGCGAACGCCGCACAUCUCCCGCGUCAUUUCAUAGGAAUUUAGGUUCUUCAGCAUUCCCCGGACUCUCCCCGCAGGGUCUCCUUGUCUCCCCCCCAGGGGCUGUGUGUGAUGUUAACGUGAGUCGGUGUUUUGGUCCCCAGGGCGUAGCGUCCGUACUGUAAGUGGCGGAGCUCACCAGCCAAUCACAACUGGAACAUAUGACCCGGCCUGUUAGAGGUCAAAGGUCAACAGAGAACAUGGUACUGCUGUCAAUAAAAACACAAAAUAAAGUGAAUAUAGAUGUAAACUGUAUGUAAAAUGUACGAAGGGAACAUAUAUUGCUAUAAUAAUUCUUGCAGACACAGACAUUAAUGAUUGAUAUUAUAAUAACUGUUGUUAGUUCUAUUGAUAUUCUUUUUUUGUUUUUUAGCAUUACUUCCACAUAGACAGUGGUUUGACACCUGUUGUUCUGUGGUGCCGAUCAGGACAAACCAGUGAAUGUGGGACUGGAGCGAGGGAUUGUUACUGGUUAGCGCCACAACACGGGGGUCAAACAAUAACCUGACACGUGUUUCACUGCAAAGUGAGUGUGGAUUCUGUAAGAGCUCCUUUAAGUGGCCCAUUAAAACUGGCUUCAUUGUUUA